AUGGGUUGGCUGGAAGAAUCAAACUGGCAGCUUCACAUUUCCUUGAUCGUGCUACUUUCCAUGCACACCAAGGCCAAUGGUCUAGACAAACCGUAUUUGCGGAGUUCUGGACAGUUGAACUUGGAGAACAGAAAGGAAGAUGGUGAGAGUACGGCACCUGCUCCUCCCCAGAAGCCACUGCAGUGUCACUGCAAUCACCACUGUCCAGAGGACUCAGUCGACAGCACCUGCAGGACUGAUGGCUACUGUUUCACCAUGGUAGAAGAAGAUGAAUCUGGAGGACGUACAAUUGCUUCAGGAUGCCUAGGCUUAGAAGGCUCAGACUUCCAAUGCCGGGAUACACCCAUAAUACAUCACAGAAGAACUAUUGCAUGCUGCACAGACGAAGAUUUCUGUAAUGAAAACCUUCACCCUACGCUGCCACCACUGAAAAAUAGAGAUUUUGUUGAAGGAAACAUUCACCAUAAGGCCUUGCUGAUCUCAGUGACCGUUUGCAGUAUACUCCUGGUACUUAUCAUCAUAUUCUGUUACUUCAGGCAUAAAAGGCAAGAAACCAGACCUCGUUACAGCAUUGGACUUGAACAGGAUGAGACUUACAUUCCUCCAGGGGAAUCCCUGAAAGACUUGAUUGAACAGUCUCAGAGCUCAGGAAGUGGGUCUGGGCUCCCUCUGCUGGUCCAAAGGACUAUAGCAAAGCAGAUUCAGAUGGUGAAACAGAUAGGUAAAGGUCGCUAUGGAGAAGUUUGGAUGGGAAAGUGGCGUGGAGAAAAGGUAGCUGUAAAAGUGUUCUUCACCACUGAGGAGGCCAGCUGGUUCAGAGAGACAGAAAUCUAUCAGACUGUCCUGAUGAGGCAUGAAAACAUUUUGGGGUUCAUUGCUGCGGACAUUAAAGGUACAGGGUCUUGGACCCAACUGUAUCUUAUCACAGACUACCAUGAGAAUGGCUCCCUGUAUGAUUAUCUGAAAUCCACUACCUUAGAUUCAAAAGCCAUGCUAAAACUGGCCUACUCCUCUGUUAGUGGUUUGUGCCACUUGCACACUGAGAUCUUCAGUACUCAAGGCAAACCAGCUAUUGCCCACCGUGAUCUGAAAAGUAAGAACAUUCUAGUGAAAAAGAAUGGAACCUGCUGUAUAGCAGACCUGGGCUUGGCAGUUAAAUUUAUUAGUGAUACAAAUGAGGUGGACAUACCACCAAACACCCGGGUAGGAACAAAGCGCUAUAUGCCUCCUGAGGUGCUGGAUGAAAGCUUGAAUAGGAAUCACUUCCAGUCAUAUAUCAUGGCCGAUAUGUACAGUUUUGGACUCAUCCUUUGGGAGGUAGCAAGGAGAUGUGUGUCAGGAGGAAUAGUUGAAGAAUACCAGCUUCCAUACCAUGAUCUUGUGCCCACUGACCCCUCCUACGAGGACAUGCGGGAGAUCGUAUGCAUCAAGAAGCUCCGUCCCUCAUUCCCCAAUAGAUGGAGCAGUGACGAGUGCCUAAGACAAAUGGGAAAACUCAUGACAGAGUGUUGGGCUCACAACCCUGCUUCUCGUCUCACAGCCCUGCGAGUAAAGAAAACACUUGCCAAAAUGUCAGAGUCACAGGACAUUAAACUUUGA